AUGUCUUCUCACCCAGCAGCUCAGGAUGAGCAACCACAACCACAGCCGAGCCAAACACAAAUCUACCACGGGCUCUCAACCUACCCAUUCGCACAAGACCCAGAGUAUCAGAGCGGACUCGCGACGAUCCUGGGCCAUCCCGAGCGGGCAGCAAGCCCCCAAGAAAUCGAGCAGGAGGUGGAACUAGUGCUGCAGGUGCAGUGCUUCUACUUCGCAAGGAAAUACAAUCUGCAGCAGCCCGUAGAUCCGGUCGCGUAUCGGGCUUGGUUGAGGGAGAGAAAUGCAGCACUAGAGCAAGACCCGCAACCGCGGCGGCCGCCACAAUCACAACCAGCAGUAGCGGUAGCCACCGCCCCGCCAACCCAAGCAGCACCGCCCGCAGAUGACCAACAGCCACCUUACCCGACCUCCUUCGCCGCGAUCGUGGACCUGAUCACGCGAAACAUCCCCGUGCCAGGGAUCGAGGAGAUCCCCACGACGGUGCUGGAGCCCGGCUCGAGCAAAAUCGACAAGACGCCGCGGCGGAGGAAGCCGUGGGAGAAAGACGCAGAGACAGAUCCAGAUCAGGAUGAGAUUGAAGUAUCGAAGACGGGAGUGGACAAGUUGGAGGAGAAUGCUGCUGAAAAUGGUGCCGCCGCAGCAGGCGGUGCGGAGUCCUCUGCUGCUGCUGACAUGGUGGCGGGAGCCGUCGACGUCAACGGGCACCGCGAGACGGGCACCGGCGUCGUCAAUAUCUUGAAACCAAAUGCUGUGCCGGAUAGCGGGUUGCUGUCCAAGGACUGA